AUGGCAACUCAAAUUUCCAUUGAUGGUGAUAAUAACCAAGGUGCUGGUAGCAUUGAAAAUAGAGUUCAUAUCUCAAUUCAAAAGGGCAUGGCAUCAUCUGAAAUAACUGAGGAACUUACAAGUGGACAAAGAACAGCUCAAAACCUUAGCAUAGAGACACCAAAAACAACUCAAGAAGAAGCAAAAGAAGAUUUCUUGAGAAUCAACAUACCUCUAACUCCAUCACCAAGAAGAGUGAUAUUUUCUCCUUGUGCAAGUCCUGGUUUCCUUCCAAACAGUGAUUCCCCUGAUGCUUCUAGUUCUAAAAACAGAUCAACUCUUAAAAAAUCUCUUAUACCAAAACUCAGUUUCAAAUUCAAGAACACAACUUCUGAGAUUGAAAAAGCCGCUUUCCUUGCACUCGAAGGUUCGUCCACAGUUUCAUCGAAAAAGCCUUUUCUUUCUAGGACGUUGUCUCGUAUCAAAUUGAAAGGGAGUAAAACGUCUUCCUUACCUGUAUCGCCGGUUCCUCGUUCAAAUCCCGCGUCUGUACAUGGCGGGAAAGCUUAUCCAGCAAUGGCCAGUGAGAAAGUUCCGCGGUUACCAAUUCAUCGUUCGCGAUCUGUUCCUGCAUUUACUGGAGAAGAUACUUCUGUAGGUGGCAGGUUUCGAGUUUUUAGGAUGAUACCACAAUUGAAUGAGAAAAAUUCCACCACAACAUUUGCAGCAUCUCCAACUGGUGAAAAUGUUGAAACAGAGGAUGGAGGCGAAGAUAUUCAUGAAGAAGAAGCUGUUUGUAGAAUUUGUAUGGUUGAAUUGGGAGAAGGUGCAGAGAAUUUUAAAUUGGAAUGUAGCUGCAAAGGUGAGCUUUCACUAGCACAUAAAGAAUGCGCGGUUAAAUGGUUUGGAAUUAAAGGUAAUAGGACAUGUGAUGUGUGCAAACAAGAAGUUCAGAACUUACCUGUCACUCUUUUACGGCUUCAUAGCGCUAGCUUGCAAUCGAACAGAGGUCACUUAGACGAAUCAUCUCAAUACAGGGUUUGGCAGGAUGCCCCGAUUCUUGUCAUUGUCAACAUGCUGGCUUACUUUUGUUUUCUUGAGCAGCUUCUUGUUUCAAGUAUGGGAUCCAGUGCUAUUGCCAUGUCGCUUCCGUUUUCAUGUAUACUUGGCCUUCUUGCAAGCAUGACAGCUACAACCAUGGUGAGGAGAAAAUAUGUUUGGGUUUAUGGAACCAUCCAGUUUUGUUUAGUGGUUGUUGCUGGACAUCUUCUUUACUCAGUGGCUCAUAUGGAAGCUGUUUUGGCAAUUCUACUAGCUACAUUUGCUGGGUUUGGAUCUAUAAUGUGUGGAACAAGUAUUCUUAUGGAGAUAUUGAAAUGGAGGAGAAGAUGGCUUGCUCAGUGGAAUCAACAGAAUGGCGAUUCCGCGGACGCGGUUCCGCCCGAUCAAUCAUCUGCAACCACUAUUCCAGCUCAAAGUGAUUCUCAACAUAUUGAGAGUAAUGUGGGAAAUUCUCCUAGGCAAAUGAGCUGA